AUGCAUACGGUGCAAGAAAAAGGGAAAUUCUUUUCACAACCCCAACAAAAUCCAAGUGGAGUCCAUGAAAUUGGAGAGACAAGUGAAAAUUCUAUUGAGAAUGAUGAAGUCAAAGCAGUCAUUACCUUAAGAGGUGGUAAGCAAGUUGAUCAACCUAUGCCAAAACCAAAAGAGAAUAGAGGAGAAGAACAAAAGGAAAAUGUGAAAGAACAAGAAAAAGGGAAAGAGGUGAAUGAGGAUGAUAGAUCAAAGAAAGAUGAGAUUGUUAAAGAAAAGGUUAAUAAGAAAGAUAUGCUCUUAGCUCCACCUUUUCCCAUGGCUCUUCAAUCCAAUAAAGUGGUAAAUAAUGCUCCAGAAAUUUUUGAAGUUCUCAAGCAAGUCAAAGUCAAUAUACCACUCCUUGACAUGAUAAGACAAGUUCCAACCUAUGCCAAGUUUCUUAAGGAUUUGUGUACCAUAAAAAGAGGGAUGCAUUUGAAAAAGAAAGCUUUCUUGACUGAACAAGUUAGUGCAAUCAUCCAAUGCAAGACUCCAAUCAAGUACAAGGAUCCGGGAUGUCCAACUAUCUCGGUGAAUAUUGGCAACACUUUUGUAAAAAUAGCACUUUUAGACUUGGGGGCAAGUGUGAAUCUUCUUCCUUACUCAGUAUAUAAGCAAUUGGGGCUUGGAGAACUAAAGUCUACUUCCAUCACACUUUCAUUGGUGGAUAGAUCGGUUAAGUUUCCAAGAGGAAUUAUUGAAGAUGUGUUGAUCCAAAUCAAUAACUUCUAUUAUCCGGUUGAUUUUGUGGUGCUUGAUACGGAACAAAGAACUAGUGGACUCAACCAUGUUCCUAUUAUACUUGGCCGACCUUUCCUCGCCACAGCAAAUGCAUUGAUUAAUUGUCGAAGUGGGGUGAUGCAACUUACCUUUGGUAACAUGACAAUUGAGCUGAACAUUUUUCAUUCAUGUAAGAAGCAUGGUACCAAAGAGAAUGAGGAACUUAAGGAGGCUUAUUUGAUUGAAUUGCCUAUGGAAGAGCUAGUGAAAGAAAAGGUUGAAGAUAAUUUUUCAAAAAUCGGUGAAGUAAUUUCCAAUGAACGGAUUGAAGUUUGGAAGAUCAAUGAAGAAAUUCAACCUUUGAAGUUAAUGAAAUGGUUUUUCAGCUCCAAGAAAGUGAAAACCAUGAAGCAUGGUGUGCACAAUAAUCCAAAGAUCAUGAAAAAGAAGCUCAAGGAAUGGCAUGACCAACUUAUUCAAAAGAACAAGUUCAAAGAAGGCUAUUUCAAGCCACAUAUUUUUCCGGGAAAGCUUAAGUACCAAGGAGUUGGUCCAUUCAUUGUUUGCAAGCCAUAUCCAAAUUGA